CUAAAACACCUAUGGAGAACGAGCUGGGUUCCGUAAGAAACAAAACGGAGAUCGAGUCAAAGUAUGUAAGAACCAAACCGGCGAAUGGAAGAUUCGUCACCAUCCUCAGCAUAGACGGCGGAGGUAUCCGAGGAAUUAUCCCCGGAGUGAUCCUCGCUCACCUCGAGAAAGAACUUCAGAUGCUCGACGGGAAAGAAGCGAGGUUGGCGGAUUAUUUUGACGUGAUAGCCGGGACGAGCACCGGCGGCCUCAUAACGGCAAUGUUGACGGCUCCUGACGAUGACGGCCGACCAUUAUUCGCGGCCAAUAAGAUUGUUCCCUUUUACAUGAAGGAAUGCCCCAAGAUCUUCCCUCAGCCCAAAGGGUUCAUCGGUCGGUUACCAAAGUCGGUUCAAGGAAUGGCCUCGAGUUUGGUCCGUCUAGUACCGAAGUGUCUUCGAGAAAAGGGCAAAGAGUUUGUUGGUCUGCUAAGGAAGCUCCCAAAGAUCUUUUGGCUGCCAAAAUACGACGGAGGGUACCAUCAUAAGCUGAUAGAGGAUAUGCUCGGAGAGAAAAAGCUCGGCGAUACGCUCACCAACGUUAUCAUACCUACCUUCGACAUCAAGAAAAUGGAACCCACCAUCUUCUCCUCCUACGAGGCAUUGGCCGAGCCGAACUUGGAUGUCAAAUUAUCAGACAUAUGCAUCGGCACAUCAGCUGCUCCGACUUUUUUCCCUGCCCAUUACUUUAAGAAUAAAGAUAGUAAAGGGUCGAUCGAGACAGAGUUCAACCUCAUUGAUGGCGGAAUCACUGCCAAUAACCCGACUUUGCUGGCAGUGACUGCAGUGACUAGACAGAUAGAGCAGGGAAACGCGGAUAUGGGGGAUAUGGAACCGUUAGAUUUCGACCGUUUCAUCGUGAUAUCGGUAGGGACAGGAUCGGGCAAGAAUGAAUGGAAGUACAAUGCUUCAAAGGCCUCCAAAUGGGGAUUCUGGUCUUGGGCCUAUUACCGUGGAGAUUCUCCGUUAAUAGAUUUCUUCUUUCAAUCGAACAGUAGCAUGGUCCAUUACCACAACUCCGUCGUGUUCCAUGACAAAGAUGGCCAGACAAAUUACCUUAGAAUCGACGACGAUUCACUGGAAGGAGAUGCGAGUUCAACUGACUUAGCCACAAAGGCUAACCUGAAGAAACUGAAGAGGCUCGGAUAUAAGAUCCUGAAAAAAAGGGUCAUGGAAAUGAAUCUUAAAACCGGCAAAUACGAACCAGUUCGCGAAAAAACUACCAACAAACAAGAACUCAAAAGGUUUGCGAAAUUGCUUUCGGACGAAAGAAAAAGCCGAAACUCGAAUUCAGAUUCGAAGUUAUCAACAAUGUUCAUGGAUACAAACAAAGACCAAGCUCUGUCUUUGCUAUAAUUAUCCGACGGUUUCUACUUCAUAUUUGGAUUUUGUUUCUCAGCUUGUGUCUCUUUGUGGUUGAUGAUGUUGUUCAAGUUCAUCUUUUAUGUUACGUGCGCAUCAAGGAAUCUUCCUUGAUAUUGUGGUGUGUCGGGUCCGGCGGCGAACUG